AUCAGAAGACUUCGUAAAGUGUAAACAUCUUUCGCUGGAAGUAGGCAAAAGGUUAGACUGCCGAGCAAUAUGAUAACCGGUAACGUUUAUCAGAAUGUGCUAAAAUCCGGAUUUCGUGUGCUAAUUACUUGCUCACGUUCUGUGCAUAUCAGUGCCGUGCAAAGCAGUCGUCCUACGGCCGUUCCCCUUGCUUUCAGCCGGUACGAGAAUAACGCCACCGGUGAGAACGAUGGCACACCACCGGUGCUCGUGCUUCACGGCCUGUUCGGAUCGAAAUCAAACUGGAAUAGCUUGGCAAAGGCAUUCCACAAAAACACUAAACCUGUGCGAAAGAUCUACGCAAUCGACGCCCGGAACCAUGGCGACAGUCCGCACACCGAGCAGCAUUCGUACGAACACAUGGUGGAGGAUCUGGUUGCGCUCUACAAAACGCUCGACAUCCCACGAGCCUCGAUCGUUGGACAUAGCAUGGGAGGGCGAGCGAUGAUGCUUUUGGCCUUGCGAUACCCGGAGCUGGUUGAAAAGGCCGUUAUUGUCGACAUCUCGCCUGCGACGGGGCUGGGAACGAGCAACACGAAUAUUCCGCUCUUUUUGCAAUCCAUGAAAAUGAUCCGCAUCACGCCCGAAUCCACCAUUCACCAAGGACGACGGAUUGCCGACGAACAGCUGGCAAAGAUCAUCGCCGAAAAGCCUUUACGUGAUUUUCUGAUAACCAAUCUCGUCAAGAGCGACGGGGGUGCUUUUCAGUGGCGAAUCAACCUGGAGUCGUUGGAACGCAAUUUCCACUCGGGCGUUGCACAGUUUCCCUCCUUAACGGGCGUGCGGUUCGAGGGUCCCACACUGUUUAUUGCUGGUGGUCGUUCGGAUUACGUAAAAGCCGCUGACGUGCCGCUGAUUAAAACGUUAUUCCCCAACUCGGAAGUUACGUACGUGAAGGAUGCAGGACACUGGGUGCAUAGCGAAAAGUCUACCGAAUUUUCGAAGCUUGUUUUAGACUUUUUGAACGCAUAA